AUGUUUUCUAGCUGCUUAUGUUUAUUGGCUUGGAAGUAUCAUAAUGACGAUGAUGAUAAAGGUAAUGACAAUUCAAAAGGGAAUGGUGUCAUUGUUGAUGAUGAUGGAUACUCGCCUUUACCUCAAGGAAAUAGCCAAACUAGUAUCGAUAAUACCGACAUUAACUCUAAUGCCGAUGAUAUUAUUGUUGAAGAAGAUAUUAAUGUUCCUACUAAAGAAUUGAAGGGUUGGAAAAUACUUUUAUUUUUGGUUUCCAACAAUGUUGUAUCAGAAGCAUUUUUAGAAAUAUUUUGCACAAGUAUUUACCGCAUCUCAGUUUGUUAUUGA